UACACACAAAAAUGUCGGCCAUUUUGAACUUCCGGCAAAAUGCUGUCUUUUUUAGUCCGUCAUUCUUUAAUACAGGACGUAUCUGCAACUGCAGACAAUAAAUUAUUAAAAAUUUGGGGAUAAUUAACCAAAUAAAAUGAGCUUAUCCAACGCCAGACCUUUGGUCUCCGUUUUUUCGGACAAAAACGAACAAAUCAAGGAGAAGAACAUCUGCCUCCCAGCCAUCUUCAAGGCUCCCAUUCGUCCCGAUGUUGUCAAUGAAGUUCAUCAAUUGAUGCGCCGCAACAAGCGUCAAGCUUAUGCUGUUAGUGAACUUGCUGGUCACCAAACAUCUGCUGAAUCAUGGGGUACCGGUCGUGCUGUUGCCCGUAUUCCCCGUGUCCGUGGCGGUGGUACCCAUCGCUCCGGUCAGGGUGCUUUCGGUAACAUGUGUCGUGGUGGUCGUAUGUUCGCUCCCACUAAGACUUUCCGCAGGUGGCACAGGAAGAUCAAUGUGAACCAACGUCGUUAUGCCGUUGUUUCCGCCAUUGCUGCCUCUGGAGUGCCAGCUUUGGUACAAUCCAAGGGACACAUUAUUGAUGGAGUGUCCGAGUUCCCAUUGGUUGUUUCCGAUGAGGUACAGAAGUUGCAGAAGACCAAGCAGGCUGUUGUCUUCUUGAGACGCAUGAAGAUCUGGGCUGACAUCCAAAAGGUGUACAAAUCCCAACGUUUCCGUGCUGGACGUGGUACAAUGCGUGACCGUCGUCGUAUUGCUCGUCGUGGACCUUUGGUCAUCUACUCAAAGGAUGAAGGUCUUCGUAAGGCUUUCCGCAACAUCCCCGGCAUUGAGACAAUGAAUGUUGACAAGAUGAACUUGUUGAAAUUGGCUCCUGGUGGUCAUGUUGGACGUUUUGUCAUCUGGACCGAGUCUGCCUUCCAACGCCUCAACGAAUUGUUCGGCACAUGGAAGACUCCAUCCACCUUGAAGAAGGGAUACAAUUUGCCACAGCCAAAGAUGGCCAAUACCGAUUUGGCUCGUCUGUUAAAAUCCGAGGAGAUCAGGAAGGUGUUGCGUGACCCCAAGAAGAGGGUGUUCCGUCGUGUGCGUCGUCUCAAUCCAUUGACCAACACUCGCCAGCUGAUCAAGUUGAACCCCUACGCUGAGGUUCUUAAGCGUCGUGCUUUGUUGGCUGCUGAGAAGAGGAAGAUCAACCGAGUGUUGUUGAAUGCCAAGCGUCGCAACAUUGAAUUGCCCAAAUCGCAUUUCGCUAAUGUCGCCACUAAAGCUCAAGCUAACCGCGCUAAGAUGUUGUCCAAGGCUUUGGCUGAGAGGAAGAAGAAGUUGGCUGCCAAGAAGAAGGCCGCCCCCAAGAAGUAAAUAAAGUAAACUUACUUCGUUUUACUGAAUUUUUUAUAAUAUUAAACAACAAUUAUGGAUAAUUCAUAAUAUAAAAUUUAAAAAUAUAAA